CAUUUUAAUUCUGGUGAGCCGCAAUGGUUCGCAAAUCUUUUACAAGGAAGUAGAAACUGCGCAUGCGUGUGAAACUGGCAACUCAUUUUCUUCUCGCGAGAUCACACAAGUUGACAUGGCGGUCCUCCUUGAAACGACGCUCGGCGAUGUUGUGAUUGAUUUAUUCACAGAAGAAAGGCCGAAAGCUUGCCUCAACUUUCUGAAAUUAUGCAAGAUUAAAUACUACAACUACUGCCUUAUCCACAAUGUACAGAGAGAUUUCAUCAUCCAAACUGGGGACCCCACUGGGACGGGUCGAGGUGGAGAGUCACUCUACUGCAAACUGUACGGGGACCAGGCCCGGUUUUUUGAUUCAGAGAAAGCACCACGUAUUAAACACAGAAAAAAGGGGGCAGUGUCUAUGGUUAACAAUGGGAGUGACCAGCAUGGUUCACAGUUCCUUAUUACCACUGGCGAAAACCUGGAUUACCUUGAUGGUGUGCACACUGUUUUUGGGGAAGUGUCAGAGGGAUUGGAUGUUGUGGCUAAAAUCAAUGAGACAUUUGUCGACACAGACUUUGUCCCAUUUCAGGACAUCAGAAUAAACCACACUGUGAUCCUUGAUGACCCAUUUGAUGAUCCUCCAGAUCUCUCAGUGCCUGAUCAGUCUCCUGAUCCCACCAAAGAGCAGCUAGAUAGUGGCCGGAUUGGAGCAGAUGAAGUCAUAGACAAUGCAGAUGGGAAAGCAGCUGAAGAAGUGGAGGAGAGGCUUAAGGAGAAAGAAGCCAAAACCCGUGCCAUCCUGUUGGAAAUGGUGGGCGACCUCCCUGAUGCAGAUGUAAAGCCUCCAGAGGAUGUGCUAUUUGUGUGCAAACUAAACCCAGUGACCACAGAUGAGGAUCUGGAAAUCAUCUUUUCUCGCUUUGGACACAUUAAAACCUGUGAAAUCAUUCGUGACUGGAAGACAGGAGAUUCCCUCUGUUAUGCUUUCAUUGAAUUUGAGAAGCAAGAAGACUGUGAAAAGGCCUACUUCAAAAUGGAUAAUGUGCUAAUAGACGAUCGACGCAUUCAUGUCGACUUCAGCCAGUCUGUGUCAAAGAUCAAAUGGAAAGGGAAAGGCGGAAAGUACACCAAAGAAGACUUUAAGGCUUAUGAGAACGACUUGGAGAAGCGAUCCAAACUGACUCUGAAAGAUCAAGUGAAGCCCAAACAAGAUUCCCGAUAUGACCUACUGUUGGAGGAAGAGGAGGUGCCGGGACGACAUCACUCUGAGAAAAAACACAAAGAUAAGAGACAUCAUCAACAUUAUCAUCAUUCCGAUGCAGAGGGAAGCAAGAAGUCCAAAAAGCACAAGGACGACGAAGUCAGCCGACGGGACAGGAAGUCAGACCGGCAGCGCUCCCACUCACGUUCCCGCUCCAGAGACAGGGACCACAAGCAUGCCAAGUCCCGGGAAAAACAUGGGAAAGAGGGCCAGGUCAGGAGUCAAAGGAGUCGCAGUCGUUCGCCCAGGAAGUCGAAGGACAAAGACAGAAGCAGAUACAGAUGAAGAGCAUGUUUCAUCUGUCCUCAUAAUAGAGCAGUGAAAACUAUUCUACUGCCUCUUCUGUAUGUCAUAUUGUCUUAAAAAAUGAACACACUUUUCAUGAGACCUCUCCAUAGACUACUUUCAAGUAGGUAGUGUGUCCCUUAAGCUACAGUACACUAUAUGAACAAAAGUAGUGGGACACUUGGACAAUGUGUUUGCCCAUUUCAACUGUAAUAGCUACAUCAUGUGAUGAAAGUCUACUGAAAUAUAAAAUCUGAUCGUGCAAUUGUC